AUGAAUAUAUUGUUGAUUAUGGAUCAGUCCUCUUCGACAAAAGGAGGAUUUGAUGCUGCUCGCGAUUUUAUUGUCAAGGUGGCGCCUUCAGCCAUGAUUGGACCUGAUCAGCAUCGGAUUGCCCUUAUCAUUUUCUCUGGCCGCACUAUAACCCUACCCUGGAAUUUCGCCAAAUCCAAUGAAGAGUUGAUUACACGUUUGAAGACCGUUAGGAAUAAUGGUGGUAUUACGAGGAUCGGAAAGGCACUUGAACAGGCGAUCACAAUGAUGGAGAAGAGAGAUACAAAAUUGCCGACUUUCAUCCUAAUGGUGACAGAUGGUAGAAGCAGUGAUGAAGUAAAAGGUCAUGCCGCCAAGCUGAGGAAGGGUUUACUCGACAUUGUCGGGCAUGAGGACUUUAUCAUCGAGUCCGGGAGUCGUGAAUCUGCCUUGCGAAGCGCGAAAAACAUCUUGGAAGACAUCAAACGACAAUGUGUCACGACGACGACGAGCACAACAACAACUACGACCACCACUACGACAACGACAAACCCAUUUACAGGAUGCGAGCUGGACUUGGUACUGGUCGUUGAUCUCUCUGCUACAACCCUAGCGAUCUAUGACUUUUACAAGGAACAAGCGAAGGCUUUAGUCGAUAAGUUGUACAUAAGUCCUCGACAUACGAGAGUGGCUGCUGUCUCGUUUGCCUCGGUGGGGAAGACGCAGACCGAGUUCAGCUUGCGGCGCUACGACACAGGAGAUGGGAUAAUGGAAGGCUGGGAAAUGUAUGUUGUAGUGAAAAGGGAAGUCGUAGAGCAUGAAUCACCGGAGCCACUCGACGAAAUAAUACAGCAGAUAGCCGACGAUGAGGCGCAUAUUUUUGAUGAGUCUAGCAUCUCCAAAAUGUUUGACCAAAUCUCGAAAAGGAGUGAACCAUGCAGCUCUGAACCCGGAUGCGAAAGUAUGGUCAUCCCGUCGAUGCGCAAAAACCCAAAUACCGAAAGGCUACGAGGACAUACUAAUCGCAUACAGGUCGACGACCCGAAUCGAAAUCUGUUGGAUGAGUAUUGUUCGGGAGCAAAUGGCCGUGUUUCUUCCGGUGCCCCCCUCACAUCUGGCGCCGGUGACUCAAUCCUAAAACUCAACAUUGGAGGCACCGUAUUUCGGCUGAAAAUUGCCAGCAUUUUUGCGAGAAACGAUGAUUCGCGGCUUGUGCAUUUUGCCACAUUUGAUUUGGAGAAGCGGCAAGCUAAAUGUGAUGCGUAUAUUCAGAGCACAGAUGAAUAUUAUUUUGAGCGAUCUGCUGUACUAUUCGAUUCGAUUUUUAAAUAUUACGCGACCGGACAAUUGCAUAGACCCCUCGACGUGUGCCCCAGUGAAUUCUCACAAGAACUUGGAUUUUGGCGAAUCUCCGAGGGUUUCAUGUCGCCCUGCUGCCAGCGCGGAUUAAAUCAACUAAGCGCUUCCCUUGAAGAAUUGGCAAUGAAGAUUGAUGAGCCUAUUCAACCCAGUGAUCGCUCGUUGAGAUCUCGUUUACACGCGUUUUGCGAAGGUGAUGGGACGUUUGGGUCGACCCUUUUCACCUUCAUCAGCAUAUGCUUCGUCUUAAUUUCAGUGAUUGGCCUCGUGCUCGGCUCGAUCCACGAUCUUCAAGUUCCCAUAAAAAAGAAGCAGAAUCCGGAUGGAAGCAAAGAAACGUUGCGGCUAUUGGCAAAUGCAACGGAUAUAGCCGAUGAUCCGGAUGUGAUCUGGGAGCCACAUCCAGCAUUUGGAUAUGUGGAAACUGUUUGUAUUCUCUGGUUUACAUUCGAAUACCUACUCCGAAUUAUCGUAACUCCAAAUCGGUUACAAUUUUUCUGCGGUAUUAUGAAUAUCGUGGAUCUAAUAGCCAUCCUGCCGUUCUAUCUCGAGAUGGGAUUAUCCAUUUUUGGAAUAGACAUCGCUAGUUUGUCCGAUAUUAAAGGAGCCCUACUUGUGGUUCGUGUGCUCCGAGUACUACGUGUGGUUCGUAUUCUAAAACUGGGCCGUUAUUCGUCCGGAAUGCGGACGUUUGCCCUAACACUACGGUCUUCGGCCCGUCAGCUCGGGAUGAUGGGAAUGGUGCUUUCUACGGGUGUGGUCUUUUUCUCAACAUUGUUAUAUUUUGUCGAGAAAGACGAGAAGGACACUCCAUUCACCUCUAUCCCGGCCGCUUUUUGGUGGGCCAUUGUCACAAUGACAACUGUUGGUUACGGUGAUUACGUACCCGUAACAAUCCCCGGUAAAUUAAUUGCCUCUGGGGCUAUCAUUUCUGGGGUGCUCGUAUUGGCACUUCCCAUCACCAUCAUCGUCGACAACUUUAUGAAAGUCUCUGGGAACACCCACAACAUCUUCCACCAUCCCGACCCACCGCCAGCACCAACCCCGACCCCAAAUCGGAUGACUGCA